AUGGCAAUCGCCAGAAAAUAUGGCAAACCCGACUUAUUCAUCACACUUACAUGUAAUCCAACAUGGAGAGAAAUUGAAGAACAGCUUUUUCCUGGCCAAACUUCUUCAGAUAGACCUGAUCUAAUUACCAGAGUAUUUAAACUCAAACUUGAUGAACUUAUUGAUGAUCUUUUCAAGAAACAUAUAUUAGGAAGAACAAUAGCCAAUGUCUUCGUAAUUGAAUUUCAAAAGCGUGGCUUACCACAUGGUCACAUGCUUAUUAUUCUGGACAGUGAAGACAAAAUAAAAGAUGACAGUCAUAUUGAACGCCUCGUAUGCAGUGAAAUACCAGAUGCCAUCCGAUUUCCACAAUUAUAUGAAUGUGUAAGAAGACAUAUGAUUCAUGGACCAUGUGGAACAUUAAAUCCACAUUCUCAUUGCAUGGAAGAUGGAAAAUGCUCAAAAGAAUUUCCAAAAGCAUUUCAAAAUGAAACUAUGGCAAAUAAGGAUGGUUAUCCACGAUAUCGUCGAAGAGAUAAUGGAAUUACUAUGACCAUCGGCAAAUAUACAGUUGACAAUCGAUGA